AACCAUCUCCAGCUCCAUUCAUCAUAUACCAAACGAGCAUCCAACAUGGUUAUACGUGACGUCCCAUGAAGUCAUCUGCACAGGGAUCUUACGCACCAUGUUGGGGGAAAACCAUGGUCUCACAGCACUCCUCGACCGCCGACCACCUAGUGCUUGGCAGCAAUUUAUCGAAAGGCCAUGUCUAUUUCUAGCCACGAAACUGUAUAAAUGGCGUCCAGCAGCCCCUUUCCACCCAUAUGGUACUCGACCUGUCACUGUGGUGUGCAUCUCAGAUACCCACAAUACCCAGCCACAUGUCCCGCACGGCGACAUCUUGAUACACGCCGGUGAUCUCACUCAGACGGGCACCUACGAGGAACUGCAAACCACCCUUGAUUGGCUCAACACCUUGUCCCAUCCCCACAAGAUUGUUAUUGCUGGCAACCACGAUAUUCUGUUGGAUCCGAAUGACCCAUGCGCAGAUCCCGUUGCAAAAUCCUCACUUGAAUGGGGUAACAUAGUCUAUCUGAACUCGGAGUCGGCGGAUAUCCUAUGUCCGAAUGGUCGUACGCUGAAGGUGUAUGGAAGCCCUCUUACACCUCGAUGUGGGAACUGUGCUUUCCAGUACUUACGCGGUCGGGAUGUGUGGACCGGGCAAUUCCCCGCUGAUACCGACAUUCUGGUAACUCAUGGGCCUCCAAAGGGGCAUCUCGAUGCGGGACACAUAGGAUGUCAACACUUGCUUAGCCAAGUCUGGAGGAUGAAACCGAGACUCCAUGUUUUUGGGCACGCCCAUGGUGGGUACGGGACCGAGACCGCACAGUUUGACGGCUUACAGAAAGCAUACGAGAAUGCUGUAAUUUCUGGCGGUGGAUUAUGGAACCUAGGAUUGGCAUUCCUUCAUUUUAUAUCUGCUCAAUUCCGAUCGAAUUUCUUGGGCGAGUCGCCGACGGCAGAAGCUCUGUUCGUCAAUGCUGCUGCUCUAGAUGGUCUCCGUGAUGAUCAGCAGCGGCGCCCGAUUGUUGUUCGUAUGUGA